CCCGGCAGUGGCCAGUGGCCGAGCGGCGAAUCAACCCUUCGCCGAUAAGAGGCGAGAGUCGCGCGUCCCCGAUCCUUCCAGGGGUUUCCCCGAGCUGCCAGCCGUGUCCGCCGACCGAAAAUCAGCAGUGCCCGCACCGGAAGUGAUCGGUGUGCCCGCAAUCGUGCGUCGAUCCCUCGGACAACAAGCGGCACGCGCGCUUUGCGCCGUUCACGGGCGAAUUUCCAGCGGCACGCGCCGUCUGCGUCGCGAUCCAGCGAAUCGCCAGCGAUACUCGCGCCUCUGGCUCGGGUGUUCCGAUCGAUCGUUCACGGCCGGCCGGUUCCAACGGGGAGAAGUCGAAUCAUCGGCGGCUCGCACGGUUCGCUGCCGGAUGAACCGAUGAUCGGCAGGCGAUCGAACCCGAUCGCCGACCGUCGAACCGACCGAACACUUUGAUGGAUAUUCGAGGGACCGUCCGGCGGACGUGGCUCGCUGGCUGAUAAGCCGGCUGUGCGAUCGUGAUAAGGAGCUCGCCUGGAGACAGACGAACAGGGAGGGGGCUGGUGGGUUGGACAAAGCGGAUCGGCACGGUAGAAUGUGCAGCUGAUCGGAAUGACGAGGCACUCUCUGGUGAUCCUAUGCUGCUACCUGUACACGCUCUUUGACAUGGCGGCCCUACACUUUUCCGAGGAAAUAUGCGAACCGGUACUCUCCACGGAGGUCGAAGCCUGGCACAUUAAGGUCGAUAGCCUAUCGUCCAGUACGUUUCGACUUUCGGCGAGAAAGCGUGGGUACCGGUUUUUUCCGAAGAUCGAAAGGGAGUCGGACCUCGAGGAGUACGGCAGGAAGGAGGCGUCUCUGUCGCUGAGGGACAUCCUCCCGUUGAACCCGAAGCAGUACGACAAACACAGGGCGCCGAAGUACUUGGGCCAGCCCACGAUUGUCUACUUCCAUGUCACGGUGCUCAGCCUCGACUCCAUAAACGAGGAGUCUAUGACGUACGUCGCGGAUAUAUUCCUGGCUCAAAGCUGGCGGGACUCUAGGCUCCGGCUUCCGGAGAACAUGUCCGAGGAGUACAGGAUACUGGACGUGGACUGGCUGCACAAUAUUUGGAGGCCGGACUGCUUCUUCAAGAACGCGAAAAAGGUCACCUUCCACGAGAUGUCGAUACCGAACCAUUACCUCUGGCUCUACCACGACAAGACCCUGCUUUACAUGUCAAAGCUGACUCUCGUUCUAUCUUGCGCGAUGAAGUUCGAGUCUUACCCGCACGACACGCAGAUCUGCUCGAUGAUGAUCGAGAGCUUGUCGCACACGACCCAGGACCUGGUGUUCAUCUGGAACAUGACGGACCCGCUGGUGGUGAACCCGGAGAUCGAGCUGCCGCAGCUCGACAUCUCGAACAAUUACACGACCGACUGCACGAUCGAGUACUCCACCGGGAACUUCACGUGCAUACAGAUCGUGUUCAAUCUGCGGCGUCGGCUCGGCUAUCACCUGUUCCACACGUACAUACCGUCCGCCCUGAUCGUGGUCAUGUCCUGGAUCGCGUUCUGGAUCAAGCCUGAGGCGAUCCCAGCUCGAGUCACCCUGGGCGUCACGUCGCUGCUCACUUUAGCGACUCAGAACACGCAGUCCCAGCAAUCACUGCCGCCGGUCUCCUACGUGAAGGCCAUCGACGUGUGGAUGUCCUCGUGCAGCGUGUUUGUGUUCCUGUCGCUGAUGGAGUUCGCCGUUGUCAACAACUACAUGGGCCCGGUCGCCACCAAAGCCAUGAAAGGGUACUCGGACGAGGACCUCAGGGAAGCCAUCGACGAGUUCAAAACACCGAUGAGGAACGAGUCCGAAAGAAGCAGGAGUCCGGUGAGGCCCGUGGUCGUACAGUACGACACCUGCUGCGAGGGUCGCGCGACGGCGAUCUACAUCGACAAGGUCUCCAGAUUCUUCUUCCCGUUCUCCUUCUUGAUCCUGAACGUCGUCUACUGGAGCACCUUCCUGUAGAAGGAGAGAAAGAGAGAGAGAGAGAGAGAGAGACGAUCGAGAGGCUCGCGAAAUCCUCGACAGCUGUCUCCCGCUUCGUGCCCGUUGAUCGUUACCGCCGUCGAUCCGCCAUUUUGUCGCGCGGCCGGGACCACGAAUCACCGAACUCAACGCUCCCGCGUCCUCGCGCGCUCGCGUCGCAACAAACAGUCGAGAAAGAUACUUCUAAACAGGAUUUCGCAUUGCGAUUACAGUAAACUCCCGUAUAACGCGGUUAACACGUUGACCGCCACGGUGGUUAUCGAUCACCGGAGCUCCCGAACUAAUUCACAACGGUUACGAUAAGAAAAUUGAUGUUGAAUGAACGUAUCUAUGUAACACGAGCAGCUAGACGAUAGCGUAAUAUCAGUACAAUAAUAACAGAUAAUUAAUAACUAUUUCCAAUGCCAUUUGCUUCUGUUAUAGGAGAAAAUUACUGUACGAAACGCUUGAAAUUCUCGUGACAGUCAACGUGUCGAUACGCUACGCGUUGUACGAAUUCGUUAUAGGCAGUUGCUGUACGAGAUUUUCCUCGUGUAACAAAUAAUAAAAAGUAUCACGUUCCAAAUGAUUAUUACCAUGCCGACUCUCUGUUUUAUGGAAACUAGAAUAAUCAGGGGACAAGAGAGAUCGGUAACAGAAAACGAUGCAAUGCUCAACUUGACAUUUUUCUAUAUCGCGUUGCACGAGGAAUCGCGUUGUAUGAGAACAAUUAUUAAAUCUUCGACGCGUUAUACGGGUGUCCAUUGUAUUAUCGAAAUUAAAGGGACAGAGUCGAUUCACAAGGAAACAAGAGAACUACCGAUCGAGGAACGAUUGAGCGACGGAUUUAACCAGCGGAAUGGUCCUUUUUUAUGAACGAAAGUUUGCUGAGAGAAUUCUUGGUGCCUUUUGCAUGAGGCUCGCGCAUACAUAUACAUAUAUACAUAUAUACAUAUACAUAUAGAUUAUAUAUAGACACAGAGAGGCGUGCCACGGGAGCCGGUUAAUUAACGAUAAGCGUCCUAGCAAUUAAGUCGCGUUAUGGUUCCUGGAAGGUGUGACGGAUCGAUUGAUCGCGGACCUGCUCAUCGGACUCCGCUGAUGUUCCCCGGGAAGUCGGGGGAUCGAUCUGCGACCUGAAUCCUGCUGCCCUGCGGGAGGAAAGGGAAUCUCCGCCGACGACCGUUUUACCAGGAUUGAUCGUUACUUUAGCCGUUUCGUCCCGUUACUCACUGUAAUCUCCUCCAGUUUUGUUACGAUAGAACAACACGCUCGACGGUACUUUCGAACGGCACCGUUCACGCGUUCGGCUUUGGUCUUCUUCGAAAAAUUACAGCUCGAUCCAUUCUCCAAGUAAACAAUCGAAAAUAAUUCAAGACUAAAUCUGACUUUCAUGAUUCUAAAUACUCGAGUAUUAUAGAUACGAAUUAAGUAAUCGCGAGACGAUCGUGGCCGAUGGAUGUUUAAUAGAUCAAUGGGGCAGAAAUGAAAGUUGACGAGCCUGGACGCGUGAACUUGGUCGUGCUUACGUCACAGUUGGUUCGUUAUAUGACAGAAAACUUUUAGGGACAAAUAAACGAUACAUUGAUGCGUAAUAGAAUCGUUAUUGCUCAAACGUGAAGACUCUCCGUCGUUUAAAAGGGAACAGUAAGAACAAAAUGUAAGGGAAAAGGGUAAUGAA